CAGUGUCUGUCAUUAGUACUUGGUGGCUCAUUUGCAGAGAGUAACAAUGCCACAUUGACCAUUCAAGGUCCGCUAUUACUAUUAGCAUGUGACUUGAGAGUCACCAUCAAUGUCAGCUCAGUGACCAUCUCAUGGACUGCUCCAUUCUCUCUGGAUGUGACUGGUGUUGAUCCUGAUAUCUGGUACUCUGUCCUCAUCUACAAUGUGACAGAUGAGAACAACACAACAGCAAUUCUCUGUACUGACUGUAUCAAUAUCACUGAGACACACUACACCUUCACUCUUGACUACCUCAGUCCUUGUCAUGUGUACAACUUCUCUGUCAUCCCUCUGAAUGGAGCUGGUCAGGGAAAGAGUGGUGGUAUCAUCGGACAAUCUCAGUUUACCAGAGUUGACGCCCAAGCUGUUUGCGAUUCUGUUUCUGUCACAUUUCAAGUUUUUGGCCACAUAGACGGAGUUUGUAACUAUAUUCUUCAUGGAAUAUCUCCUGCAAAUAGCAGUAUUACGAAGUCUGAAAGUCAAGAGUUCUUUACAUACACAUUUUCUGCAAACAAAAACUAUUCCAUCGUUUUUGAAGUUUUUACCACUGCUGGAGCUGUGAAUGUAUCAUAUGACAUCUUUACAACAUAUGAUGUCCAGAGACUGUCAGUGGAAGAGGAAGUAGGAAGAGGAGUAAUAGUAAGAGGAGAGUUCCUCAGUGGGUCACGAGCUGUAGGGUGUCUGGUGGUCCUCCAGGGACCUCCCACCUCUCCUGACAUAUUAUUCAGAGCUCUCCUGAGAACCCAGUCUCAGGAGACUGUCUCCACAACUGUACCUGUCCCUCCCUCCACUUACUCUGUGUAUGGAUAUGACCUUGAGGAGAAUGGACUACCCAACACCAUGCCUGCUGUAAUACUGGAGGGUCAGAUACUGAACACCUCAGAUAUUGCAGAUUCAGUUAAACCUUCGUUGUACUUAAAGAGUGGCAGCAUAUCUCGAAGAGGAUCAACUAUAGUGGUAGACUGUGAAUUCUCAGAGGUCUAUCCUGAGGCCUCAUGUGUCCUGGUCUACAGAGAGUAUGGCAGUCUACUCCUGACAGUAGUAGACAUCCCCCAACUCUUUGAUUUCCCUGUCUCUAUCACUGUGGACAACCCCAAAAUCUACACUUUCGCUUUGUUUGGGAAAAAUGAUGCAAUGAGUUUGGAUGAAGCACCACUGGUUUAUACUAAAUUCAGUGACUCAGACGAGGAAACAGACAAAGGGAAAGGAGGAAAGCAAAACUCUCAAGCACCAGUUGUUGCCAUAUCCGUUGGAACUGUAGUUGUGUGUGUUCUAGUAUGUGGCGGCUCAGCAGUGUUACUCCUGGUGAAAGUCAGACACUAUUAUAGCCAAAGCAAGUCCCCGUCUGAUGCAGGUCUGCAGACCAAAAAUGUGGUGUACGAUGAGGUGGUUCUUCCCCCAACCACCACAACCUCUUCUGUCAUUCCAACUGAACCAAACACAGCCUAUGUCACCACUCAGACUACUACCAUACCCACUGACCAGAAUGUAGCUUAUGGUGUGCAUACAUCGUCAUAAUAUCUGUUAUCACCAUGUGGGUUUUUGUAUCCCUAUAUAGCAUCAUUAGACUUUUACAUGUAUGGAGAAGGAAGGAGAUUUA